UAAGCUUAUCUGCUAGCUUAGCUGUUGACCCAGUUUGUAAACAUUGAGUUGUUUGAUGUGCAUCCAGCUAAUCACUGUAUAAACACGCACCUCGUACUCCAUUUGAGAUUUUAAUACUUCACAUUGACAUUUAAUCUGUCUGUGUUUGAUACGUUUUACGAUUUAAAACUGCUACCAUGUGAAAUCUUAUACGUUCAAUUAUACUUUAGCUUGCUGUUAGCCUGGUUCGGUAUGCUAGCAUUAGCAUAUUUGCUCCAACUGCUAUUCAGGAAUGUAAAAACAUAGCUAAAACAACGUUUUUUAUUGAUUGUUCCUGUUCGAUCUUAAGUAGGAUGAUCUCUCAGGUUUUUAUCUUGUCCUCCAAGGGAGACCACCUCAUCUAUAAGGACUUCCGCGGAGAAGCAGGAAAUGAUGUUGUCAAUACUUUCUAUGAGAAGGUCACAGCCCUGACUGGAGACCAGCCUCCGGUUGUCAUGAGUCACAAAGAUCUGCACUUUGUCCACAUCAGGCAGGGAGGACUUUACUGGGUUGCCACGACAACAGCUGACUCCUCACCGUUUACCAUCAUCGAGUUCCUCAACCGGCUGACGGCUCUGGUGAAAGAUUACUGCGGCAACCUCUCUGAGAAGUCGGUGCAGAUGAACUUUGCUCUCAUCUACGAGCUGCUGGACGAGGUGGUGGACUACGGUUACAUCCAGACCACGUCCUCCGAUGUUCUGAAGAACUUCAUCCAGACUGAAGCCGUUUCCUCCAAACCCUUCAGCCUGUUUGACCUCAGCAACGUUGGACUGUUCGGAGCUGAAACCCAGCAGAGUAAAGUGGCCCCGAGUUCUGCAGCCACCAGACCCAUCCAGUCCAGCCGGGAGCAGGGAGGGAAGAGUGAGAUAUUUGUGGAUGUGAUUGAGAGGAUGUCGGUUGUUAUCGGCUCCAAUGGAGUUCUGAUGAAGGCGGACGUGGAGGGAGAAAUCCGAGUCAAGUGCUACAUGCCCAGCUGCUCAGAAAUCCGAAUCGGUCUUAAUGAGGAGUUCAGCAUCGGGAAAUCAGAGCUCCGAGGUUACGGAGCUGCCGUUCGGGUGGACGAGUGCAGCUUCCACCAGGCGGUGCGACUGGACGAGUUUGACAGCUACCGGAUCCUCCGACUCAGCCCCAGCCAGGGAGAGCAAACGGUGAUGCAGUACCAGCUGAGCGACAACCUGCCAUCAGCGCCGCCGUUCCGUCUCUUCCCGGCAUUCGAGCGAGACAACACUGGAAGGCUGCUGAUGCUCAUGAGGCUCCGCUGUGAUCUGCCAGCAAAGAGCGCUGCCAUCAACGUCUGCGCCACCAUCCCCGUUCCCAAAGGCACCGUAAGUUUGUCGCAGGAGCUCAGCAGUCCGGAUCAGAGUGCCGAGCUGAAACUGCAGAGCAGAGCCGUGGUCUGGCAGAUCCCCCGCUUCACUGGAGGAACCCAGCUCUCAGCUCUGCUGAAGUUGGAGGUCCCGGGUCUGAGCUCGGCCUCCAUGUUGGAGGUCGGUCCAGUUGGUUUGAGCUUCGAGUUGCCGAAGUUCACCGCGACGGGCCUGCAGAUCCGAUUCCUGCGUCUGUCUCCCAUCCAGCCCAGCCCGUCCCAGCGGUGGGUCCGGUACGUCACCCACUCCGACUCCUACACCAUCCGGAUCUGAACGAUCUUCAUCAGACUGGUUUUAUUGGCUGAUGGCUCCUAAAGGACUAAAGAUCAAUGGAAUUCUGCUCAUUUUGUAUUUUUUGUGGCGCAUGUCUGUAAAUAAAGGUCGGCCAUGUUUAAUCCA